AUGGGAAUCCAGAAGAAGCAUGGUAAGGGUCGCUUGGACAAGUGGUAUAAGUUGGCAAAAGAAAAAGGAUACCGCGCCAGAGCUGCGUUCAAAUUGAUCCAAUUGAACAAAAAGUAUGGCUUCUUGGAGAAGAGCAAGGUGCUGCUUGAUCUCUGUGCUGCUCCCGGGUCAUGGUGUCAGGUUGCUGCAGAGACUAUGCCAGUGAGCAGUCUCAUUGUCGGCGUUGAUCUUUCUCCCAUAAAGUCCAUUCCUCGAUGCAUCACCUUCCAAAGCGAUAUUACCACCGAUAAAUGCCGAGCAACAAUUCGGUCGCACUUCAAGACAUGGAAAGCAGAUACUGUUCUACACGAUGGUGCCCCUAAUGUUGGUACGGCUUGGGUUCAGGAUUCUUUCAACCAGGCCGAAUUGGCGCUCCAGGCUAUGAAGCUGGCUACGGAAUUCCUUGUUGAGGGAGGGACAUUUGUGACCAAGGUCUUCAGAUCCAAGGACUACAAUAGUUUGCUUUGGGUGUUCAAUCAACUUUUUGCGAAAGUCGAGGCUACAAAACCACCAUCUUCCAGAAACGUUUCCGCCGAAAUCUUCGUUGUCUGCCAAGGGUUCAAAGCGCCUAAAAGAAUAGAUCCCAAGUUCCUGGAUCCAAAAUUUGUUUUUGCGGAGUUGUCUGAUCCUACACCAAACAACGAAGCAAAGGUAUUCAACCCAGAGAUCAAGAAGCGAAAGAGAGAUGGGUACGAGGAGGGCAACUACACCCAGUUCAAGGAGGUGCCGGCUAGCGAGUUCAUCAACACCACUGACCCUAUCGCUAUAUUGGGAAGCCUGAACAAAUUAAGCUUUGUACAACCACCAAAUGGAGAUGUGGCGCUUGCUGCUUUGGACAAGUUGCCGGAAACCACCCAAGAGAUCCGGGACUGCUGCGGUGAUCUUAGAGUGCUGGGCCGAAAAGAGUUCAGGAAUCUCCUUAGAUGGCGCUUGAGAGUGCGUGAGAAGUUCGGAUUUGCUACAAAGAAGAAGACUGGUGUAGAGGAAGAGGUCGCUGAGGUGGAGUCGAUGGACGAGGAAUUGAAAAUCCAGGAAGAAUUGCAGCAACUGAGUGAGAAGGAGAAAGCCCGAAGGAAGCGAGAGAGACGAAAGGAAAAUGAGAAGAAGACUAAGGAAAUCACGCGAAUGCAACUUCACAUGACUGUCCCAACAGAAAUUGGUAUGGAGCAAUCAGGUCCCAAUGGAGAGAAUUCUAUGUUCGGUCUCAAGGCAAUCGACAAGACAGGCGCGGUGGAUAAGAUCGCCAAGGGAAAGAUGGCUGUUCUAAAGGAGGGUGACAAGAGGGACCAAGAUAGCGGCUUUGGAUCUGGGGAAACGGAUGAGGAGAGUGAUAACGAGGAAGACAGACUUGACAGAGAUCUCGAUUCUAUGUACGAACAAUACCAAGACCGCAAAUCGAGUUCCGACGCCAAGUUCCGGGCAAAGAAGGCCAGAAAAGAGUACGAAGAUGGGGAUUGGGAUGGGUUCUCUGCAGAGCAUGAAAGUGAGGAGGAUAGCGAGCUUGAGCAAGACAGUGACGAUUCGUCGGAUGAAGAGGCGCCAUCGAAACGACCUCUGUUGACAGAUCUUCAGCGCGAGGACAAGAAAGUUGGUGGACUUUCCAGACGGGCCGCACAAUUCUUUGACCAAGACAUUUUCAAGGAUAUUGGAGGGGUACCAGAAGAGGAAGAAGCUGAGGAGGCUUUGGAGGAAGGGGAUGAGGAAGUUGAGGAGGAUCUAGAUACAUUAAUGAUGGAAAGAGAUGCUGUGGAAGAGGACUCCGAGUCUGAUAUUCCAGAAGCCCAGGAAGAGGAAUCCGAAGAAAGCGAAGAUGAGGGCGGAUUUGAAGUCGUCAAACGCAGCAGCAAAGACAAACAAUGGGAGGAAGAACCCCGCAAGGACGGAAGACUAGACAUCGAUAUCAUCACCGCAGAAGCUAUGACUCUUGCCCAGCAAAUCGCAUCCGGUCAAAAAACAAUGCAUGACCUAUUGGAUGAUGGCUUCAACAAGUACGCGUUCAAAGACCGUGACGCCCUCCCGGAAUGGUUCCUCGAUGAUGAGCACCGCCACGACAAGCCCCAUCGACCCAUCACGGCGGCAGGCGCUGCAGCUAUCAAAGAGAAAUUGCGAGCAUUGAACGCUCGACCUAUCAAAAAGGUCCGUGAAGCCAAGGACAGGAAGAAGUUCAAGGCCGCACAGAGACUCGAGAAGAUGAGGAAGAAGUCUGCGUUGUUGCAGGAUGAUGAGGGCAUGACAGAGAAGGAGAAGGCUUCGAAUAUUACAAAGCUGAUGAGCAAGGCGACCAAGAAGAAGCCCAAGCAGCAGGUCAAGGUUGUUGUGGCUAGAGGUGGAAAUAGGGGUAUUGCUGGACGACCGAGAGGUGUUAAGGGCAAGUAUAAGAUUGUGGAUGCGAGGUUGAAGAAGGAUGUUAGGGGUGAGAAGAGGGCGGCGAAAAAGCGCAAGUGA